GUUUUGUUUUCCUUUCUGAAGGUCUCGAUGCAUCUUAGAGAGCUAGAACUCGAAGACUCUGGUUGGUCGAUUGCUGUUUUGCUUUUGUUUUUGGGUUGGUAGCGUUUCGUUCUCAGCAUCAGUCGGCGUUAUUAUCUUGGGGAUUAUGUUCUUUUUCCCCGACGUUGCUGGCGUUCAACUCACGCAGCUUUGUUUUCUAGAAGGUAUUUUGAUAUCCCAUGAGGGCAGGAGCUUUUUCCCCCGUCUUGCGAGUUGCUCCACGGUCAACAAUCGGAUAAACCCAUUGCUCUGCGGUGCACUUCAUCAGAUGCUUUCUGUACGACGUAUGACAGAUGUAGGCUUUGGAGCCGAAGUAAUCGUGCUCGAAGGGUUGAUGUGCUGGUCACGUUGCGGGAAAUCCUUACAUCUCUCUCUUCUACGAAGCCGCUUCAUCACUAGGCAUUUACCCUACACAUUCCUGGGUACCCUGAAGUCGCCCACUUGCUAUCGUAAAAAACGAAUCCAGCCACCACCUCCACCCUUCUCUCUCUUGGAAGUACAGGAACGUGGUAGCCGUAGCCCGAAGUUAUACUCAACCACCAUCCUUCCAUAUGAGAAGCAGAUGUGGGAGCAGCGGAGUGGGGAGAUAAAGCUAGGAACUUCUCGAAAGGCACAGAAGAAAGUAUAAAAUGUCAAUUCCAGGAAGGCAACCAGCUGGCGCAAGCACAGUUGCAAAUUGCAGGAGGAGGUUACGGAGUUUACUCUAAUCUGUUGUGAGUGUCAAUCAAUUCCAACCCUCCGGCCCCCCCCUGACUU